AAUCCAUAUUCUCAACAGGGAGGUGCAGUGGGCGGCCAGGCUUUCUUUCAGGACGCCUCAAGCUUCAAGCAUCCCUUGAACUAUCAUCUAUAUGCCUCUGUCGGCCCCCGGCGAGAGAACCUCGCGACAUACCAGCGGAGUACAGCGGAUUUCUUCAUCCCCGACAAUCUCAGGGAAGAGCUCCAACGAGCAUCGGAGGCGACACUGCAGACGUUUGCGAACAGCACUUUGCCUCAUACGAUCGAGCACUUUCACUCUCUCGUUGCACUUGACACAAACAGCGCGAAAGGGCCAACUACCUUUGGCUAUCCGAGCUGGAUAUACAAAGCUACAUCCAGCAAAGACGGGCACACCUACGCACUCAGACGCAUCGAGGGUUUCAGACUGUCGAGCGAAGCUUCCAUUCGAACCGUCAAUUCUUGGAAGCGCAUCCACAACGCAAGUCUCGUGCAGAUUCAUGAUGCCUUCACAGGGAGAUGGUUUGGGGACAGCUCGCUGAUAAUUGUGACGGACUAUCAUCCUCGAUCGCAGACGCUGGCGGAGAAGCAUCUCGCAGCUGGCCGACAUCCGCACCGACCUGGUGGCCAGAUCACGCCGGAGAAUGAACUGUGGGGCUACAUUGUGCAGCUUUCGAGCGCUCUGAAGACCAUCCACGAAGGAGGUCUCGCAGCACAGACGGUUGUGGCCAGCAAAGUGCUCGUCACAUCCAAAAAUCGUCUGCGCAUCAACGGCUGUGGUAUUUUGGACAUCCUCCAGCAUGAACAAAAGCGACCACUGCACGAGCUGCAACGAGCAGAUCUACGGGAUCUGGGUCGUCUGAUACUGGGCAUCGCCACACGGAACAUGAGUGCGCAUCAAAAUCUGCCAAAGGCACUAGAGCUCGUCAGCCGUUCCUACAGCGAAAGACUCCGGUCAUGUAUCGCGUGGCUUCUGAAAACGACUGCACAUUCCACAGAGUACAACAUCAACUCUCUUCUCACUAGCAUCGCAGACAAAGUGGUCUCCACAUUGGACAGCGCUCUCCACCAAGAAGACGACAUCACGUCAAAUCUGAUGCAGGAGCUUGAGAACGGCCGCCUCGUGCGACUCCUCACGAAGCUGAAUGUGAUCCUGGAAAGACCGGACACUACAAGCACACCAACAGCGUCGUCAAACCCAGCACUUCUGAACCAGCCAUCAGCAGCAUGGUCAGAGACUGGGGAGCGCUACUAUUUGAAGCUCUUCCGAGAUUAUGUGUUCCAUCAGGUCGACCACGAAGGUCGUCCGGUCCUCGACUUGGGCCAUAUCAUCACCUGCCUGAACAAACUCGACGCUGGGAUCGACGAGAAGUUCCAGCUUGUAAGUCGCGACGAGCAGAGUAUCUUUAUUACGAGCUACAAGGAAGUCAAGAGGGGGUUUGAGGCGGCUUGGAGUGAGAUAAGUAAGGCGUCUAAUCCGGCGAGACGUUGA